UUCUCGUCUAUGCUCCGGCAGCCGUAGCUCACUCUGGUGGAGGCGGGACUUCCUACAGCACUUCCGGCCAGAGUCUAAAGCUUCGCUGCUGGGCAGUGCGCUGGAGGGGCAGCUGCUCCGAACACCUGGAGUCUCCGCGGGCAGAUCUCAUAUUUUGGAUUCUGGAUAUAUUAUAAUGAGUGACACUUUGACACCGGAUGUCAUUGGUCGAAGAGUUGAAGUUAAUGGAGAACAUGCAACAGUACGCUUUGCUGGUGUCGUCCCUCCUGUGGCAGGACCCUGGUUAGGAGUAGAAUGGGACAAUCCCGAGAGAGGAAAGCAUGAUGGGAGCCACGAAGGGACUGUGUAUUUUAAAUGCAGGCACCCAACAGGAGGAUCCUUUAUUCGUCCGAACAAGGUAAAUUUUGGAACAGACUUUCUUACUGCAAUUAAGAACCGCUAUGUGUUAGAAGAUGGACCAGAGGAAGAUAGAAAAGAACAAAUUGUUACACUUGGAAAUAAACCUGUGGAGACUGUUGGUUUUGACUCUCUUAUGAAACAGCAAAGUCAGCUGAGCAAGUUGCAAGAAGUUUCUCUGAGGAACUGUGCAGUAAGUUGUGCUGGUGAAAAAGGAGGAGUUGCCGAAGCAUGUCCUAAUAUUAGAAGGGUAGAUUUGUCAAAAAACCUGUUGUCAUCAUGGGAUGAAGUGAUCCACAUUGCUGAUCAGCUCAGACACCUGGAAGUCCUUAAUCUCAGUGAAAAUAAACUAAAAUUUCCCUCCGGUUCAGCAUUAACUGGAACGUUUUCUGCACUGAAGGUUUUAGUCCUCAAUCAAACAGGAAUAACGUGGGCUGAGGUGCUGCGGUGUGCCGCCUGGUGCCCGGGCCUGGAGGAACUCUACCUGGAGUCUAACAAUAUUGUCAUUUCCGAAAGGCCAACAGAUGUUCUCCAGACAGUCAAGUUAUUAGACCUUUCCUCUAAUCAAUUAAUUGAUGAAAAUCAGCUGUAUCUGAUAGCCCACCUGCCCAGGUUAGAACAAUUAAUCCUCUCUGACGUUGGAAUUUCUUCUAUACAUUUUCCGGAUGCUGGAAUUGGGUGCAAAACCUCCAUGUUCCCGUCCUUGCAGUACCUUGUAGUAAAUGACAAUCAGAUAUCACAAUGGUCAUUUUUCAAUGAGCUAGACAAGUUACCAAGUCUACGGGCUUUGUCCUGCCUAAGAAACCCCCUGACCAAGGAGGACAAAGCAGCAAACAUGACGCGGCAGCUCAUUAUCGCCAGCAUUGGCCAGCUGAAGACCCUGAACAAAUGCGAGAUUCUCCCCAAGGAGAGGCGGACAGCUGAGCUUGACUAUCGAAAAGCUUUUGGAAAUGAGUGGAAACAGGCUGGUGGACAUCAGGAUCCGGACAAAAACAGACUCAGCGAAGAAUUCCUCAGAGCCCAUCCUAGAUACCAGUUCCUCUGCCUGAAAUAUGGUGUACCUGAAGAUUGGGAACUCAAAACACAACAACCAUUUAUGCUCAAAAACCAGCUACUAACACUGAAGAUAAAAUACCCUGAUCAACUUGAUCAGAAAGUCCUAGAGAAACAACUGCCGGGCUCCAUGACAAUUCAAAAGGUGAAGGGAUGGCUGUCACGUCUUCUCAAAGUUCCUGUGUCAGACCUUCUGUUGUCCUAUGAAAGUCCGAAAGUAAGUUGCCCAGGAAAAAACAAAGUCAAGCUUCGUCCUCAUGACGACAUUAAACUGUCUCUAGAUAGCAACAGUUUGAUUCUAAAUGGCGACCAUAGAUCUGUUUGAUUUUAAGGGUAAGCUACUGCCGGGGGAUGGGGUAGAGUAUGUGUAACAUGCUUUAUCAGAUCUGUCUUAAUCACAUCCUUCCCUACCUUCCUUCUAAUUUUAGGAGCCGGGCAUAGAAAUCAAGCUGGAAAAUGACCUACAGUCAUUACGUUUUUAUUCUGUGGAAAAUGAAGAUUGUCUAUUAGUGCGAUGGUAACAACCAACUAAUAAAAUUUAGAGACUGCACUGCUUAUCAUGUCUGGGGUUCAUCGGAAAUAAAUGAUCCACUGGAACAAUUCUGUCAAAAACAAAGGGGUUUACAACUUGCCCUAAGGAUAACAAGGGAUGUAUUUUCACCACUGAUGUAGUUUUUGUUGGGAAGCGACCAUUUCUAGGCUUAUACAUAAUAGCAGUAAUAAAGGCUUUGAACCUAC